AUGCCCGCCGCCACCCGCGCCGUCCUGCGGCAAUCGCAGUUCCUGACCCGGCGCACCGUUGUCAGACAUGCCUCUUCCACCUCCGAGGCCGCCAACAAGGCUAGCCAGACUGCCUCCUCCGCUGCUUCCAAGGCUCAAGAGGGUCUGUCCAAGGCUACUGCUGCCGCUGGCCCGGCUCUUUCCAAUGCCGCCUCGGCCUUGCGGAAGGUUGGCGGUCCCGUUGGCAAGGUUGUGAAGUUCGUCGACUCUAUGAUCCCCCCGACGAUCUACUACUCCCGCGUCGGCCUUGAGCUCGGCAAGCUGGUGUUCCGUGGCCAGAACAUGACUCCUCCCAACAUGGCCACUUUCCAGUCAUACUUCCAGCCUCUGAUCAACGUCGCCCGCAACCCUGCCGCUAUCAAGAACCUCAGCAUCCCCUCUCCCCAGCGCUUCCUGACCCGGGUCCGCAACGCCAACGCCAAGGAGAUCGCCCUGGUCGGUGUCACCGCCGCCGAGGUCAUCGGUUUCUUCACCGUCGGCGAGAUGAUUGGCCGCAUGAACAUCGUCGGCUACCGAGGCGAGGCUGCACACCACUAG